AUGAUGCGCUACAGCGCUGUUUGGGUUUUAGCUUCCGAGGUCGCAGGACACUAAUAGCGCGCCAGAUUUCGAUUUUCGAAACGUUCUAUUUACAAAGAAAUAAAUUAGCAAAAUUUUAAAAUUCACGCGUCAGGAAUAAAGUUAUGGACGGCCAGGUGGAAACUGUGGAGCAAGGUGUUCUGGGUCACCUGAUGGCUUUAGAGAGGAGAGGUAUGGGACAGCAGGACCAGCAUGAGUCUCAGAGAUUAGAGAUGCUCAAGGUCAGAGCCGUGGCCCUCCGUGCCCAAAGAGAUCAACUCAAACAUCAGGCAGACGCUGUCAAGAUCCUGAAAGAUAAAAUCAGCAAAGAUCUUCCUUUGGAUGAUGCUGAUGCUGCAGGCGGCUUCAUUGAACUACAGAAGUCUUUGUUAACAGCUUGGAGAAUGCAGUUGAAAGACCUUCAGCGUGCUCAUCACUUAAUUGGUGGCUAUGAUUUGGUGGAGUGUAAGGAAGGGAAAAGCGUGUGUGUGUCUUUUCACACGGCCUUUGAGGGUGUGUAUUUGGAGACGUAUAACAUGGAGCUGGACCUGACGCGCACCGUGCAGAUCUCUCGUCAUAACAUCCCCCCGUCAUUCCCACUCGAGAGUAUUGCCAAACAGAUCCUGCAGAAAGACCUCAAAGGCUUCCUGCAAACCCUCAGCCAGAAACUCAACGCUUUAGCUGGUCGCAGACAGCAGGUCUACCUCCUCAAGGAGCUCGUUGGUUCGGUGGAGGUUAUGGAGAGCAAUCAGUUGUGCAAUAUUCUUGUGCUCAUGUGUACAGCACAGGGCGAGACUCCCAAAGCUGUUCUGUGCACACUGGAGUACGGCGAUCUCACACAAUGUCUGCCAACCCGGGUUAGCAUCGAGUGUGAAGAUAAAACACUUUCAGAAUCUCCACAGUGGAAGAAACACCAGUCGUUGCUCCUGGAGUCUCCAGCUCAUACAGCUCUCCUGACCAUGAGGAGGAUGGGAAGCAUCGCUUAACGAAUGUGACAAAAUA